CUGCGAGGCCUUUGGAAUGUGGGAGUAUAACCUGCCUGGGACUCGCCUUCUCAUGAAUAUUCAGAAUCCAAAGAUGAGGUUUUAACUCUUUUCUCGCUGGCCGGCCGGAAGGCGGCCCCUCCCCCCCGCGGGCGGGAACAGGAUGUGAGCCCAGGCGCCUAGGGGGAGGGUAAGCCCCAGUCAACCGCCCCCAGUCUCACAGCUGGGACCAGACUCACCCACCACAGAAGUGGCACUGGCACCGCAGCCGCUUUAGCCGGGUGCCACCCGUCCUGCAGCCUUAGGGGUCCAGAGUCACGGACUCCGGCUUUCCGAGUCUCUGCACCACGUCCUGAGAGACCCCGAAGCACAGGCUUCCGCGUGCAGGUCAGAGGACCCCACAUACCCUGGUUCCCAGCGCCUUCUCCUGGAGGAACCAGGAGUCCGGGACAUCAGCCCCGAGCGACCCUGGAGGGCGAGCUCUUUGUACCCCGGUUUGGAGAAUUUAGGAUCCCCUACCAGAGAUACCAUCCAGGAGUUCCCAGGAGAAACUUGUAUUAUGGGCGUCUAGCACCCUAGCAAGUCUGUUUGGGGCAGAAGAGCCCACUACUUCAAAGGGACCCAGGAAUUUGGGACUCCCGUGCACUCCCGCCUGAAGGUGGUUUAAUUCCUGCUCUUAGAGUUUGGGAAACUCAGGAAUCCGGGCCGCCUACGGCUAUAUCUACAAGUCUCAGGAUUUGGGUCCCCAGCAUCCCCAUCUGAGACUCAAGAGUCAGGCUUCCAGCACCCUGCAUUUAGAGAACCAAGAAAUUCGGACUGCUGCACCCCAUUUUCCAAGAGACCUCGGGUUCUGGGUCCGGGAGCCUUUCCGCCCCUGACUUUCAAGAGACCCAGGAACGCAGGAGCUGGCUCUGCGCCUCCCCGGAAACCAUGCUAAGGGUCGAAUAGUAGCUGGGUUGCCUCGGCUCGGGGCUGGAGACUCCCGGAGAGAAGCCGCUGAGCCACUCAGCCAUGCCAGAGGGAGCCCGUGGACUGAGCCUGUCCAAACCCAGCACUCGCCUUGGCCCCUGCCGCAGAGGUGAAGUGUGUGACUGUGCAACUGUGUGUGAGACUCAGACAGCAGUUUCUGCAACCCCUGCCAUGGCCUCCCCGCGAGGUUCUGGGAGCUCCACAUCCCUGAGCACAGUGGGCUCUGAGGGGGACCUGGCCCCGGGGCCCACCCCUGCCUGCUCAGCCUCCAGGCCAGAGCCCCUUCCAGGACCCCCCAUUCGCCUGCAUCUGUCGCCUGUGGGAUCCCCUGGUUCAGUGAAACCCUCAAGGCUGGAGCGUGUGGCCCGUGAGAUUGUGGAGACAGAGCGGGCCUAUGUCCGAGACCUCCGCAGCAUUGUAGAGGACUACCUGGGCCCCCUGCUGGAUGGCAGGGUCCUGGGGCUGAGUACGGAGCAGGUGGGCACACUGUUUGCAAACAUCGAGGACAUCUACGAGUUCAGCAGCGAGCUCUUGGAGGAGCUGGAAGGCAGCAGCAGUGCAGGGGGCAUUGCGGAGUGCUUCGUGCAGAGGAGCGAGGAUUUUGACAUCUACACAUUGUACUGCAUGAACUACCCAAGCUCCCUGGCCCUGCUCCGGGAGCUCUCGCUGUCUCCGCCAGCAGCCCUUUGGCUUCAGGAGCGCCAGGCCCAGCUCCACCACUCGCUGCCCCUGCAGAGUUUCCUGCUGAAACCUGUUCAGCGCAUCCUCAAGUACCACCUGUUGCUACAGGAGCUAGGCAAGCACUGGGCAGAGGGCCCGGACACUGGGGGCCGUGAGAUGGUGGAGGAGGCCAUUGUGUCCAUGACAGCGGUUGCCUGGUACAUCAAUGACAUGAAGCGCAAGCAGGAGCAUGCUGCACGCCUCCAGGAAGUGCAGAGGCGGUUAGGCGGCUGGACCGGCCCGGAGCUCAGUGCUUUUGGGGAGCUGGUGCUGGAAGGCUCAUUCCGAGGUGGUGGAGGGGGCGGUCCCCGACUUCGAGGGGGUGAGCGGCUGCUCUUUCUCUUCUCACGGAUGCUGCUUGUGGCCAAGCGCCGGGGGCCGGAAUACACCUACAAGGGUCACAUCUUUUGCUGCAACCUGAGUGUGAGCGAGAGUCCUCGUGACCCUCUAGGGUUCAAGGUGGCCGAUCUAACCAUUCCCAAGCACAGGCACCUGCUCCAGGCCAAGAACCAAGAAGAGAAGAAGCUGUGGAUUCACUGUCUCCAGAGCCUCUUCCUGGAGAACCACCCCGCCUCCAUCCCGGCCAAGGCAAAACAAGUUCUUCUUGAAAGCAGCCUGUAUUGUGCUCCGAAAAGUAAGCCUACUCCAGAGCCCGUGACACUCCCACUUGGGUCUCCCCGACCUCGAGAUGCUAGAAGUUUUACCCCUGGACGGAGGAACACAGCCCCGUCUCCAGCCCCCUCCGCUACACGCCGUGGCCGCAGACAGUCUGAGCCAGUGAAGGAUCCAUAUGUCAUGUUUCCACAGAACACUAAGCCUAGACUCAAGCAUGCUGGCAGCGAUGGGGAGCUCUACCCUCCCUUAGAACCUCAGGUACGGGGUCCAGCUUCUGGACCCGUUGAAGACUUGGAGGACACUGGACCUCCCACGCUGGAGCCCUCUGGGACGUCAAUCACUGAAGAAAUCCUGGAACUGCUGAACCAAAGAGGCCUCCAGGAUGGGGGGUGCUCAUUACAGCCACCCCCCCACGACAUUCCCAAGUUCCCAGGAGACUCCCAGGUACCAGGUGAUGGCGAAAGCUUUACAUUUCCAGCCCUGCCCAACCAGGACUCUUCAGAAGAGGAGGAGGAAGAGCUGGAAAUGGACGAACGGGGCCCUUCCCCACUCCAUAUCCUAGAGGGACUCGGAAGUUCCAGUGCAGCUGAAGUUCCUGACGUUCCUGGCCUUGCCAAAAAUCCUGCUGUGCCCAGCCUCCCUGAAAUGUCCAGACUUUCUGAAAUUCCCCCAACUCCCUGCCUUCCCAGUCUCUCUGACAUUUCCAGUGUUUUUGAAAUGCCCUGCCUCCCAGCCAUCCCCAGUGUCCCUGACAUUGCUGGUCUGUCCAGCUCUGCUGCUUCCCUUCCCUGUGAUGCCUGGCUGCAGGGCCCUCCACAGGAAGCGGGCGAGGCUCUAGCCACCAGGAGAGAACUGGUCUCUGGAGGCAGUUCUAGAGAACUGGGAGAGCCUUCCUCAGGCAGCAGAGCAGGGCAGGAGGAGGAGGAAGAAGAAGGGGUAUCAUUUCCAGAUUUCCAGCCCCAGGAUGGCACCCGAGAUGAGGGAUUCCAAGAUGAGCUGGAAUUCCGUUCUUGCUCAGAAAUCCGGAGUGCCUGGCAGGCUCUGGAGCAGGGGCAGUUGGCCCGGCCAGGAUUCCCAGAGCCGCUGCUGAUUCUGGAAGAUUCAGAUCUGGGUAGAAGCAGCGGGAGUGGGAAGGCUGGAGUCCCCAGUGCGGAGCGGGCUGCGUCCCGCGUGCGAGAGCUGGCCCGGCUUUACAGUGAGCGGAUCCAACAGAUGCAGCGGGCUGAGACCCGGGCAUCAGCUAAUGCUCCCCACUGCCGCCGGUCACGGGCUCUGGCCCAGCCCCAGCUGUUCCCUUGCCUGCCCCAGGAGCAGGCUGAGCCAGGACCCCUGCCUGCCUUUGGACAUGUACUGGUAUGUGAGCUGGCCUUCCCGCUGACCAUGGCCCAGGAAUCUGUCCCUCUGGGCCCUGCUGCCCAGGUUCAAGCUGCUGCGCCCCUAUCUAAACAGGCAGGCAGCCUGGGUGGCCAGGGUCUAGAUGUUUCCAGUUUGCCUGAGCAAGACCAUCAGGGCAUCCAGAUUCCAGCUGCUCCCACUUUGCCUGAGCAAGGCCUCAGGGUUCCAGCCACCACACCUUUGCCAAAGCAGGAAGACCUGCCACAUGUCCAGGUUCCUACUGUUGCAGCUCCACCUGAUCAAGAAGGCCACCUGGAAACACAAGUUCCGGUUACCAGCCCUUUGCCUGAGCAUAGAGGCCACAAGGAUACACAGCUUCCAGCUACCACCUUUUUCUGUCAGCAAGGAUGCCAGAUGGACACCCAAGUUCCAGCCACCCCAGCCUUGCCGAAGCAGGGAACUUGUUCUCACGUCACAGUUCUAGCCACCAGUCCUGUGCCCAAGCAAGAAGGCCACCUAGUCCGCCAGAGCCCAGACAACACCCCGUUAACUAAACAAGGAGGUUCCAGGGAUGUUCAGUCCCCAGCCACUGCCUGCGGCCAAGUCAUCAACCCUUUGCUUCCGCAUGGAAGGAGUCUGGACCCUCAGAUCCCAGCCAACAACACAAUGCCCUUGGGACACGACCUCUCAGACGUUCAGCUUCCGGAUACCUCACCUUUGCCUGCAUGUGGAGGCCACCUAGACUGUCAGGUCCCAGCUGGUACUUCAUUAUCUUUGUCCCAGGACCUCCUAGACAUUUGGGCUCCAGCUGCCACAGCUUCGCCCCAGCCCCAAGAUGUCAUGGACACAAGGGUCCAAGUAUCCCUGCCUUUGCCCAAGGAGGGGGGUGUGCCAGACCCCCAGGGUUCCACCGCAGUCCCUUUGCUUCAGGAGCAAAGUCUCAUAGACCUCCAGGUCCCAAAACCUACGCCUCUGUUGGAGCAGAAGGGCCUCCCAGACAUCCAUGUUCCCGUUGCCACACCUCUGCCUGAACAAGGCGGCUCUUGGGACACUCAAGGCCUGUCACCCACCCCUAUUCAAACCACUGUGAUUUUGUCCAAACCAGCAGGCCACUUAGUCUCUCAUGUUGCCAGAUCAGAGUCUUCAGACUUGACUCCACCUCACAGUCCCCCACCCCCAACCCGUCAGCUCCUAGGCCCCAAUGCAGCUGCUCUGUCAAGAUACCUGGCAGCCUCAUACAUCAGCCAGAGCCUAGCUCGGCGGCAAGGGCCUGGAGGAGAGGCACUCGCAACCUCCCGGGGGCCUUGGUCCUCUGCCCCCACGUCACGAGCACCUUCACCACCACCCCAGCCGCAGCCCCCACUGCCCCCGGCCAGGAAGCUCAGCUAUGCCACCACGGUGAACAUCCAAGUCGGGGGUGGCGGGCGGCUGCGGCCAGCCAAGGCCCAGGUCAGGUUGAACCACCCUACUCUGCUGUCCGCCACCCAGGAAUCUGUGGGCCUUCGCAGACCCCAGGGGGCUCCUGAUGCCCCUUUCCACAUGUGAGCCAGGAUAUCGGGCCUCUUGAAAAGCAAGGACUUCAACCAAAUGCUGCAGACUCUCAGAGCUUCACUUGGAAGUUCAGACACUGAACACAAGCCUAAAACUGCCACAGCUUUCCCCCUCCUGGGGUCUGCUUUGCCAAAUGGUCCUUAUUACUUACUCUGAUUAACUCAACAGGGGUGGGGGAGGGGAUGUCAUUAAUAUUUUGUUAAUGCUAUGAAAUCAUGUCUCUUCCAAUUCUGGAGAUGGGGGAGGGGUAACAAGACAACAGUGAACGGGAUGGGAAGGUCUGUCGCAGCACAACUCGGUUCUGACAAUUUAGAGAAUCUCAUUCUUGAGAUGUACUGGAAACGAGACCCAUUACAAACCGGUGUAUGAUUUCAGAGGGUUUAUGAACCACUUGAUGCCCAUCUAGAAAAGCCAAGUUAAGAAGCUUUGUUCCGAGGGGAAAUUCAUUCCCUUAGCAGUUCACCCAGUUCAUGUGUCCCCCAACCGUCCAUUUAUCUCAGCCAUGCAGCUGUCUCCAUCUACCUCCUCUGUCUUCCAGUCCAUCUCACCCAUGCACCUGGGUUCCUCCAUCUCCUUCCUCAUCAUCCUAGUGCCCCAUCUAGUAUUCAUCUCUGUUAAUCCCCUGACCCAUCUCUCAUCCCACCCGUCCAUCUCCACCCAGCCCUUACCUGUCAGCUAUAUGUCUCUCCAUGUGGCCAUACAUCUUAUUCACACAGCCACCACCUAAGCCAUCAAGGUGACCAUCUCGACCACUUCCACCCUCAGUUGGAGUCUGCUGGGUCUUGGUAACUACAGAAAUUCACAGACAGCUCCAUGCUAACACCAGAA